AUGCAAGAACAACUAGAAAAGGUCCAACAAGACAUACAAGAAUCCUAUAGGAGCUUGAUGAGCCAGUUAGCACAGCUAUUGGCUAGGGAUAAAAAGAAAAACCCUGUGGUCAAUUCUGGAGACGAUCAAGAAGACCCUGCAUAUCUUCCUGGUUUCACCCCAAUAAGUGUCCAGGCCCAACCAGACGAGCAUCUACAAGGGGCACCCAAUACUAACAGACCCCAACAAUAUCAGACCGGUACCUCGGCACCUGUGAACUACCCGACAGGCUCAGGAUCCAAUCCAAGGGACGAUCCAACCAAUCCUGCAGUUCCUGAUUUAGACGAAAUGACAGAAAUAGAAAAAGCAAGGGCAGAACUGCCAAAGCAACUCGAAGAUCGGUUCAGGUGGUUGGAAGAAAAACUCAAAGAAAUAGAGAAUGCUAAUUACCCAUGCGGGGUCAAUGCCAAGGAUCUAAGUUUGGUCCCAGAUCUAGUACUCCCACCGAAAUUCAAGGCUCCAGAAUUUGAAAAAUAUAAUGGGACCAGUUGUCCUGAAGCUCACAUCACGACAUUCUGUCGAAGAAUGACAGGAUACAUUGAUAAUGAUCAACUGUUAAUUCAUUGCUUCCAAGAUAGUCUAAUUGGAUCGGCUGCCAAAUGGUACAACCAGUUGAGCCGUGCCAAUAUCCACUCAUGA